AUGGUCCCCAUUUUCGCAUACUGGAAUGUCAAAGGGCUCGGGGAGCAGAUUCGUCUUCUGUUGAGAUACCUGGGGGUGGAGUUCACUGACAAACAAUACAAGAUUGGUCCAGCUCCGACCUACGACCGUAGUGCAUGGCUGCCGGAGAAGUUCUCGUUGGGUCUGGACUUUCCCAAUUUACCCUACUACAUCGACGACGACUUCAAGUUGACUCAGUCUGGGGCCAUUUUGGAGUACAUUGCUGAUAAACACGGCAUGAUUCCUGAUUGCAAAAAGCAACGUGCGGUGCUGCAUAUGCUUCAAUGCGAGGUUGUAGACUUGCGCAUCGCGUUUGCGAAGACUGGUUAUUAUCCCGAUUGCAAGAAGGUGAAGCAGGACUUUUUGGAGGCACUGGCACAAAAACUGCCGAACUUUGAGGCCUAUUUGGGUGAAAAGGAAUGGCUUACUGGUGAUAAGAUCAACUAUCCCGACUUUGGUCUGUGCGAUCUGUUGAUGCAGAUGUCGAGGUUUGAGCCAACGUGUCUGCAGAAGUACCCCAAACUGCAGGCCUACUUGUCGCGUUUCGAGAAUUUGCCUGCAUUGAAGGAUUACCUAGCUUCGAAGUAA